AUGUCGGAGCAGCAGCCAUUGCCGCAGCCUCGGAGCAGCAUGCGGGAGGCGCUGGAGAAGGAGGACAAGGAGAAGGCGGUGGCGGCCGCGGCCAAGGAGAAGGCGGCCGUCCCCAAGAACGGCGGCAACGGCGGCGGCAAGAAUGGCGGCGGGGGUAACGGCGGCGGCGUGGGCGGCGGCAACGGCGGAGGCGCCCCGCCGUCCGGGGAGGAGACGGCCCGGGAGAUUCAGGUGGUGAGGGAGGCGUACCGGCGCGAGACGGCCGCGCCGACGUACGUCAUCCCCGAGGAGCCGCCGGCCAUGGUCGAGCUCGUGGGCUGGUACAUCUACGGCUUCUGCUCCUACUUCAUCACCCACCUGCUGCUGCCGGUGCUCUUCCCGGCCAUCAUCACGCAGGUCGCCUUCCCCAACUCCGACUUCACGCCGGACCCCAAGUACACCCUCAAGGGCGCCACCUGCUCCGUCCAUGAGAUGUCCAUGUACCAAAGGCUUACCAAGCACUCUAUUGUGAUUGAUAAUUCCCGGAUGUCACCACUGGGCUGGAGUGGUCUAUCAUGGGCAAUUGGCAUCCUCAUCGUGGCGCCGCUCCUCACUCAGACUGCUCACCAUCUCGACCGUGGCCAGUAUCAGUCACUGAUCCUCAUUGCUGCCACGUCUUUUGGGUCGUUCUUCUGCCUGCUCACAGGCUUCUUCAAGACUGUCUGGGUGUUCCUAUUCUACAUCCUCUUCAUUGCGGGCUCGAUCAUUGUCGCUGAGGCAGUGCAUACCCGCAACCUUGGACUGAUGAUCCGUGGCCUUGCUGCGCAUGACUCAGGCAAGCACCUUGUUCUUCGCCGCCGUGCUGCUGCGAGCCAGCUCAGCCUGUACUGCACUGCCAUUGGAGGCAUUGGAGCGGCCCUCAUGGCUGCAUUCAUGUACCACAUGCUGCGGCGCACUGAUCAGCUCACUGGCCUCUGGGUUGUGUCCAUCUUCUGUGGCCUUAUCUGGUUCAUUGGCAUUUGCCAUGGUCUCUUCACAAACAGGCCCAGCAGCUCAUCACCCACCACUGCAUUUGAGCCCAACUUCUUCACCAAGCUCAGCUACAGCAUGACCCUUCUGCGUUACCCGCAGGCCAUUGGCAGCUUGGUUGCUGUGUUCCUGUCCUCUUUCGCCACAAUGUGCAUCUUCACCAGCGGCACACUCUAUGCUAUUGGUGGUGUUUGCAUCAAGCCAGUGCUUGUGCUUGUGCUAUGGAUCCUUUACUUCCUGUUCCCCUUGAUCUCGCUUCCACUUCUCCACCCAAUCCAGAUCAUAAUCCGUGCUGACGCCGUUCGCAUGCAGCUGCUUGGGUUCAUAAUCUGCCUAUUCGUGUCUGGUGCUGGGUUCUACUUCAAGAGCCACAGGUGGAGAGCUGCCCACAUCAUUGUCAUCGCCCUUGUCCAGAGCACUGCCAAUGGCAUAUUGUACGCAUUUGGCCGCAUUCUGCUCCUCGAUGCCUCACCACCGGGGAAGGAGGGUGCAUUCUCGGUCUGGUAUGCGUUUGUCCGUGUUACUGGUGCCAUGAUUGGCUAUGCUGCUUCCUCUGCUGGCCCUGGGCGUGCUGGAGGAUCAUUUGCCGCUGCAUUCCUUGGGAGCUUCCUGGGCAUCAUUGUGCUCAUCUUUGGCAACGUCAGCAACAUUGGGGCGCUGAAGGCUGCUGGACACCUCAAGGGAAUGGACGAUGAGAAGAGGAUGGGCGGUCUUGGGAUGGAGAAAGGCGAAGGCAUGGGCAGUGCUGUCGCGGAUUCAGGCGAAAGCAGGGGGAGGGUAUGA